GAUCCUCUGUGAAAAUCCAAUCAUCUCUCAAUCACAAUUAUUCGAAUUACUACUAUCAUAUUUCGAUCCUCUUCGAUUUCUAAUAUUUUUUCGAUUGAUUUGCUUAAUUCAAAAUUUCCUAUGGAUCGAUCUUAAUUUGAUAUUUUUCUGCAUCAGUUUUUCAAUUCUACGAUUGAACAAUUGAUUGCAUAUUUGAAUGUUCUAUAUGAAGAUGAGAAUAGAUCUGUUUAUGCAAUUAAUCUGAGUCAAGGAAGAGUAUCAAUUUGCAGCUUCUUCUUCUUCAGGUAAUCUCUAUCUCUCUCUCGCUCUUUAUUCUUCUAUUUUCUUUCUUCCUUUCAUUCCUCAUUUUGCAGCCCUAAUAUCAAAGCAAACACUCCAAUCCAAUCAAUUCAAUUUAUUUAUAACUUCAAUUCAACUGCGAUUAUCGUUUAGAAAGGUUUCCUAAGUAAUGGAAGUUGAUUCGUGAUCUGGUAAAUUUGUUUAUUAGCUAACUCUGCUAAAUUUACCUAUUUUAUAGUAUUCUCCAAAGGCCUGUGAUGAUCAACAUAUUUGCCUACAUUGUCUGAUUGCUCUAAUAGUUGAAGAGUCUUUUCCUACAAGUAUGAGGCCUUAGAGGAUGUAGAUAAUUAUCAAAAGCAUUGUUCGACCUUUCAGUCAAUUUGUUAAGUGUUCUCUAGCUUAUGAUAGGAAAACUCUGAUAAUCCUGAUGUCUGAAUUUUUUUGAACUUGAAUAAUUUACCAUCUGGACUCAUUAUUGUGCAAUAGUAAAUUUUUAUUUGGGGAGAGCUACAAUAAUUUUAGCAUUUCGGUAAUUGCUAAGUCUACCCAACCAAUUCCUAAUUGUAUCUCUGACAGAAUCAGGAGAAAGCAAAAGCAAACAAUAUAGAAAUAAGAUUUAUAGAAAUAAGAUUUAGAUUAGAAGAAUGUGCAAACACUUCACUCAUAUUAUAAUAAAAAUAGAAUAGACUAUGAUCUUGAUUCAUUCUCAUUUGCAGACUAUGAUCAGUAUUCUUGAUAUGUUGCAAUGUACUAGUUCAAUUGCAAAAAUUGUAGCUUCUGAUAGUUUAGUUGUUGACUUGUUGUUAGUUAAUGGUAACUGUUGCAGUACAUUACAGGUAAAUGAGUCUUGAAUUUAUUUCAAUUUAUUAUUUUUUUAUUUUUCUAAGUUAUCUUCUCUUGUUUAUUUUCUGCAUCAUAGGAUGGUGCCACAAAGAAAAUCCUGUUCCAGUUUCAAUGUAUAACAUAGAAAUUGGAGAAAGCAUUGGAUAACUUGCCUUAUGAUGAUUUUAACAUAUCAGAAGAAGUGCUAGAGCAGAUAAGUAUUUGCCAUUGAGCAUCUUUAUAGUGUUAUUUGAACUUGAUUCAUGUCUAAACAUGAUCCUGUCACCAGGUUGAAUUAGUCCGGUCACAGUUGAGAGAGCCGCUGAAAGAUACGGCCGCCCUCUAAGCUCAAGCUUAUCUCAGCCAUCGGAUAAGGAGAUACAUGUAGAAAAAACCAUUAACUUUGACCACCGGAUCGGAUUUGUAUAUGAAACUGAGAUGUAUUGGAUUUAUAUAGGUCUUGUCAGAUUACUAUAUGUUGUUAAUAAAGAUUUGUUAUUGUGCAAAGCUGAAUAUAUAUAUUGAUAAAUUGAGGUAUUUCUUACAAAAUUUCAAGACCAUCAGCGAAGCUCUCAAUGCUUACCCGCCCAAAUUCAAGGGCAGAUUCGUCAUCCACGUCAAGGCCGGCGUCUACAACGAGCAGGUCAUCGUGGACAAGAAGAAGCCUAAUGUCUUCAUCUACGGAGACGGCAUUGCCAAGACCAUUGUGACGGGCAGCAAGAACUACGGCAUUAUGAACAUCGGAACAAUGCACACCGCUACAUUCGCAAACGAGGCCUCCGGAUUCAUUGCGCGGGGAAUGAGCUUCCGCAACGAGGCCGGGCCGCAGGGGCACCAAGCGGUGGCGUUCCGGUCGCAGGGGGACAAGACGGCGUUGUUCGACUGCAGCUUCGAGGGGUCGCAGGACACUCUGUACUACCAGAACCUGAAGCAGUUCUACCGCAACUGCCGCAUCUACGGCACCGUGGACUUCAUCUUCGGCAAGGGCGACUGCGUCAUCCAGGACAGCCAGAUCAUCGUCAGGAAGCCCCUCCCCAACCAGUUUAACACUGUCACUGCCGACGGCAGGGAGAUCAAGCGCGGCAGCAACGGCCUCGUCCUCCACCACUGCUCCAUCGUCCCCGACGACUAUCUGUGGCCGGUCAGGUUCCAGAUCCCCACCUUCCUCGGCCGCCCCUGGAAGCCCGAGGCGCUCACCGUCGUCAUGCAGAGCACUCUCGGGGACUUCAUCAGGCCCGAGGGCUGGAAGAUUUGGGACGGCUCCACCAACCACCACACCUGCACCAUGUAUGAGUACGGAAACACCGGCCCCGGAGCCAAUACCAAUCGCCGCACCAAGGAAUUCAAGCGUUUCAAGGUCAUUACCGCCGCUGAAGCUGCCAAAUUCACCGUCGGCCACUUCCUCGCCGCCGGAGAAUGGCUGCCGCAGACCGGCGUCCCUGUGCAGAUGGGCUUGUAUUGAUAUUGGGAUACUAUAUCAAUGCAAUCUUGCUUCUAACUACCUAAUUA